AUGAAUCUUAAUUUAAUUAUAAUAAAUAUUGUAGCUUUACCUUUAUUAGGUUCUUUUGUAGCGGGUUUUUUAGGGCGAAAAUUAGGAGUUAAAGGUUCCCAAUUUAUUACUUGUUUAUCUUUACUGCUUUCUUCAAUCUUAAUUAGUAUUGCUUUUUAUAAAAUAGUACUAUGUGGUGGAGAAUCUAUUAAUUUAAAUUUAGAAUUUAAAUUCGAUAAUUUAAGUAUUUCAUUAGGUUUAGCAGUUUUAUAUUGUUCUACUCUUAUUCACUUUUAUAGUAUUUCUUACUUAGAAACUGAUGCCCAUAAUCAAAGAUUUUUUGCUUACUUAUCUGCUUUCACAGGAGGUAUGCUAGUUUUAGUUUUUGGAGGGAAUUAUUUUGUAAUGUUUGUGGGUUGGGAAGCAAUUGGGGUAUUCUCCUAUUUGUUAAUUAAUUUCUAUUUUACAAGAAUACAAGCAAACAAAGCAGCUAUAUUGGCCUUUACUAUGAAUAGAACAGGGGAUAUGAUAUUAAGUAUCGGUUUCUUUGCCUUAUUUGGUUUAUUUGGGACUCUUAAUUACGAGUCUAUUUUUUCAUUAGCCCCUAGUGCUAAUCAAUUAGCUAUUACUAUUAUUUCAUUAUUAUUAAUUGGGGGUAGUUUAGCUAAAUCCGCUCAAAUCCCUUUACAUAGUUGGUUGCCUGGUAGUAUGGAAGCCCCUACUCCAGUUUCAGCCUUACUACAUGCUGCUACUCUUGUUACAGCGGGAAUUUAUUUACUAUUAAGAAGUUCACCUAUUUUAGAAUAUAGCCCUACAGCUUUACUAAUAUUAACUUUUAUCGGUUCUACCACUGCUUUUGUAGCUGCUUCAUCGGGGCUAGUUCAAAAUGAUUUAAAAAGAAUUGUUGCCUUCUCUACUAUUAGUCAAUUAGGUUAUAUGAUGAUGGCUGUAGGGCUUAGUCAGUAUAAUGUGGCCUUAUUUCAUGUAGUAAAUCAUAGUUUCUUUAAAGCUCUACUAUUUUUAGCUAGUGGUUCAAUUAUUCAUGCAGUAGCUGAUCAACAAGAUGUUAGAAAAAUGGGUGGACUGAUUAAAUUUUUACCCGUUACUUAUUCCUUAUUAAUGGUAGGAACUAUUUCAUUAAUGGCUUUACCUUUUGUUUCGGGUUAUUAUAGUAAAGAUUUAAUAUUAGAAUUAGCUUAUAGUAAAUAUAGCUUUAGUGGAACUUAUGCUUUUGUAUUAGGUUCAUUAACUGCUUUUUUAACUGCUUUUUAUAGUUUUAGGUUAAUAAGUUUAGUUUUCUUAACUUCGCCUAAUGGGGGUAAAUUAACAUAUUUAAAUUCACACGAGUCUAGUUUUAUAAUGAUAUUACCUAUGAUUAUUUUGGGUAUAUUUAGUAUUUUUUUUGGUUAUAUCUUUUCAGAUUUAUUUGUUGGAAUUGGUACUGAUUUUUUAGCGGGAACUGCUUCUAAAGGAAGUGAUGCAUUAUUUAUACACCCUGAUAAUGUAACAUUAGUUGAGGCUGAAUUUAGUUUACCCGUAAUUAUUAAACUUUUACCUACUUUUUAA